CUCGCCUCUCCCCAAGCUCCGGGCUGACUUGGUUUAGUCCAGCCGCAGCAACUAGAAGGGGGGGAAAUCGCGAUGCAUUUGGCAUUUUUUCCCUGAGCAAAAAUAAUACUAAUUAUAUUGAGAUAGAUACAGCUAAGAUCCAACCCGAGCCACCUGAACCCCCUCUUUUUUAGGGAAGCCUCCCGCUUCUCUUACCCUAGAUCAUCCCACUAAGCAAAGGGGGGGGGGCGUUAAAAAGAAGAAUCCAAGCCAAUCCUCCUCUCUCUCUCCCCCCUUCCCUCCCUCCUCCUUUCCUCCGCCUCCUCUCCUCCUCCACCUCCACCACCAAGCAAAUCAACCCCCCAGCCCCGGUUUGACAUGCAACCCUCUUUUGGCUGGGACAAGCCGGGAUGCUACUGCAGCUUUAAACGGAAUUGGGGAAAAUUGGGGAUUUUUGCUCUCAUGACUGUGGAGGUGAGCUGCUGGAGUCGGAUUCUUCUGCUGUCGGUGGGGGUUUUGGCCACAUCAGCCGCCGCCCAGAACUGCAGUUACGUUUUGCAAGGUCCAAACGGGACGAUACAAAGUCCGGGAUUCCCGUACGGCUAUCCAAAUUAUGCAAAUUGUACAUGGACAAUCACCGCCGAGGAGCAGAACAGGGUGCAGCUUGUGUUCCAGUCCUUCGCCUUAGAGGAAGAUUUCGACGUGUUGUCUGUGUACGACGGGCUGCCACAGCAGGGGAAUUUAAGAACCAGGUUAACAGGUUUCCAGUUGCCGCCUCCGAUCGUGAGUACUGGGGUUGUGCUGUCCUUGUGGCUUGUGAGCGAUUAUGCCGUCAGUGCUCAAGGCUUCCAGGCAAAUUACGAAGUUCUACCAAGCCACACGUGUGGAAAUCCUGGAAGGCUCCAGAAUGGAAUCCAGCAGGGGACGACAUUCAGCGUUGGUGACAAAGUGCGUUACAGCUGCAACCCGGGCUUCUUUCUUGAGGGCCAUGCGCUGCUCACUUGCCAUGCAAGUUCGGAGAACACAGCCUCCUGGGACUUUCCUCUGCCCUCCUGUCGAGCUGACGAUGCGUGCGGCGGGACGCUUCGAGGGCAGAGUGGAAUUAUUUCGACCCCCCACUAUCCUUCGGAAUACAGCAACAACGCCGACUGCACAUGGACCAUUCUAGCAGAGCCCGGGGACACCAUUGCACUGGUGUUCAUGGAUUUCCAGCUAGAAGAUGGAUAUGAUUUUUUAGAAGUCACAGGAACGGAAGGAUCUUCGUUAUGGUUUACCGGAACCAACCUUCCUGCCCCCGUCAUCAGCAGCAAAAACUGGCUUCGGCUUCACUUCACAUCAGAUGGCAACCACAGGCAAAAAGGAUUCAGCGCUCAGUACCAAGUCAAAAAGCAAAUGGAAAUGAAGUCCCGAGGAGUGAAAUUGAUGCCAAGCAAAGACACAAACCAGAAGACAUCCGUGUUAACACAGGUUGGUGUGUCCCAGGGACAUAACAUGUGUCCGGACCCUGGGAUUCCAGACAGAGGCAAGAGGAUAGGAAAUGAUUUCAGGUUAGGAUCCAGUGUCCAGUUCACCUGCAACGAAGGCUAUGAUUUGCAGGGCUCCAAAAGCAUCACCUGUAAGAAGCUGAGCGACAUGAUAGCAGCCUGGAGUGACCAGAGGCCUGUGUGUAGAGCAAGGAUGUGCGAUAUGUACCUCCGUGGCCCCAGUGGCGUUAUCACCUCUCCCAACUAUCCAGUCCAGUAUGAUAACAAUGCCUACUGUGUGUGGGUGAUAACAGCCAUCAAUCCAGCAAAGGUCAUCAAACUCAACUUUGAAGAAUUCGACCUGGAGAGGGGCUAUGACACGCUGACCAUUGGCGAUGGAGGGCAAGUUGGAGACCAGAAGAGUGUCCUCUACGUUUUAACAGGUACAACAGUCCCUGAUCUGAUUGUCAGCACCCAACAUCAGAUGUGGCUUCUCUUCCAGACAGACAGUGUCAGGAACUUGCUGGGAUUUAAAGCGACUUAUGAAGAAAUCGACCAGGGGAGUUGUGGAGACCCAGGAGUUCCAGCCUAUGGCAAGAGAGAAGGGUCAACGUUUCGGCAUGGGGACUCAUUGACGUUUGAAUGCCAGCCUGCAUUUGAACUGAAAGGACAGAAAACAAUCACUUGUCAAAAGAGUAGCCAGUGGUCCUCUCAGAAACCAGUCUGUGUUUUUUCCUGUUUCUUUAACUUCACCACCCCAUCUGGGAUUGUGCUCUCCCCAAACUACCCCGAGGAAUAUGGCAGCAGCCUGCAUUGUGUCUGGUUGAUCAUCGCAAAGCCUGAAAGCCGGAUCCACUUGGCUUUUAAUGAUUUUGAUGUGGAACCUCAGUUUGACUUCCUGGCUGUAAAAGAUGGCGGGACAGCUGAAUCACCAGUCCUGGGGACGUUUUCUGGCAGCCAGCUACCUUCUUCUCUGACUAGCAGUGGCCAUGUCACCCGGCUAGAAUUCCAGACUGAUCACUCCACUGAGAAGCGAGGCUUCAAUAUCACAUUUACCACUUUCAGACACAACGAGUGCCCGGAUCCAGGUGUGCCAGUCAAUGGGAAGCGGUUUGGUGACAGUCUUCAGCUUGGUAGUUCCGUGUCUUUUCUGUGUGAUGAGGGUUUCAUAAGGACGCACGGCUCAGAAACUGUCACCUGUGUCUUGAAGGAAGGCAAUGUGGUUUGGGAUAAUGCUGUGCUGAGAUGUGAAGCUCCAUGUGGUGGCCAUCUAACCUCUCCAAGUGGGAUGAUCCUGUCUCCAGGCUGGCCAGGAUUCUACAAGGACUCUCUGAACUGUGUGUGGGUCAUAGAAGCUCAGCCAGGAUAUCCCAUCAAAAUUACAUUUGACAGAUUUAAAACAGAGGUUAAUUAUGACACACUGGAAGUGCGUGAUGGCAGAUCCUAUUCAUCACCACUGAUAGGCAUCUAUGACGGCACUCAGGUCCCCCAGUUCCUUAUUAGCACCAGCAACUUCCUCUAUCUCCUCUUCACUACGGACAAAAGCCACUCUGACAUCGGCUUUCAGAUCCACUAUGAAACGGUAAAGCUCCAGUCAGACCACUGCUUGGACCCAGGAAUUCCAGUCAAUGGGCAGCGGCACGGGAAUGAUUUCUACGUGGGGGCCCUGGUGACCUUCAGCUGUGACCCAGGCUACACCCUGAGUGACAGUGACGCUCUGGAGUGCGAACCGAAUUUUCAGUGGAGCAGGCCUCUGCCCAGCUGUGAGGCUCUCUGUGGAGGCUACAUCCGUGGAUCCAGUGGCACUGUCCUGUCUCCGGGCUUCCCAGAUUUCUACCCCAACAAUUUAAACUGCACUUGGGUUAUAGAGGCUUCUCACGGCAAAGGCGUCUUCUUCACUUUCCAUACUUUCCAUUUGGAAAGUGGCCACGACUACCUGCUGAUCACCGAGAACGGCAGCUACAGCCAACCACUGAAGCAGCUCACCGGCUCCCGCUUGCCUGCUCCUUUCAGCGCCGGCCUGUUUGGCAACUUCUCUGCCCAAAUUCGUUUCAUCUCAGACUUCUCCAUUUCUUAUGAGGGCUUCAACAUCACCUUUUCAGAAUAUGACUUGGAACCUUGUGAUGAGCCUGAGGUGCCAGCUUACAGCAUCCGCAAAGGGCUGCAGUUUGGCGUGGGGGAUGUCCUGGCCUUCUCCUGCUUCCCUGGCUAUCGACUGGAGGGCGUCUCACGGAUUACCUGCCUGGGCGGUAGACGGCGUGUGUGGAGUUCGCCUCUGCCAAGGUGUGUUGCUGAAUGUGGCUCCUCUGUAACUGGAACUCAAGGCGUUCUGUUGUCCCCGAACUAUCCGCUCAACUACAACAAUAACCAUGAAUGUAUCUACUCCAUCCAGACACAGCCGGGGAAAGGAAUUCAGCUCAAAGCCAGGGCUUUCAACCUGGAGGCCCGGGACAUCCUCAAGAUUUACGAUGGCAACAACAAUUCUGCUCGCCUCCUGGGCUCCUUCAGCCGAGCAGAGAUGUUGGGCCACAGCAUCAACAGCACCUCCAGCACCAUGUGGCUUGAAUUCAUCUCAGAUGGCAACAGCACCAGUCAAGGCUUCGAACUGCAGUUCUCUAGUUUUGAGCUGAUCAAGUGCGAGGACCCUGGCAUCCCGCAGUUUGGCUACAAAGUCCGCGAUGAAGGGCACUUUGCGGGCAGCUCUGUCUCUUUUAAUUGUGAUCCUGGCUACAUGUUACGAGGGAGCCGGGUGCUGGCGUGCCUGACUGGAGAGCGCCGCGCCUGGGAUCAGCUCCUCCCCACCUGCGUAGCGGAGUGUGGGGGCACCAUCAAAGGCGAGUCUUCAGGAAGGAUCUUGUCCCCUGGGUAUCCGACGCCCUACGACCACAACCUCAACUGUGUUUGGACCAUUGAGGCAGAAGCCGGCUGCACGAUCGGGCUCCAUUUCAUGGUUUUCCACACAGAGGAGUUCCAUGAUGUCCUAAGGAUCUGGGAUGGGCCAGUGGAGAAGGGGAUCCUCUUGAAGGAAGUGAGUGGUUCUCUCCUGCCCAGCGACGUCCACAGCACUUUCAACUCUGUGGUCCUUCAGUUCAACACUGACUUCUUCACCAGCAAGCAGGGCUUUGCCAUUCAGUUUUCAGUGUCCACUGCCACCUCCUGCAAUGACCCCGGGGUGCCGCAGAACGGGAGCCGUAGUGGCAACAGCAAGGAAGCGGGCGACUCCAUCGUUUUCCAGUGUGACCCUGGCUACGUCCUGCAAGGGGAUGCCAAGAUCAGCUGCGUGCAGAUCGAGAACAGGUUUUUCUGGCAGCCGGACCCCCCCACCUGCAUAGCUCCCUGUGGAGGGAUCCUGACCGGGCCUUCAGGAGUGAUCUUGUCACCAAACUACCCAGAGCCUUACCCCCCAGGAAAGGAGUGCGACUGGAAACUGACUGUGUCUCCCGAUUACGUCAUUGCCUUGGUGUUUCACACCUUCAAUUUGGAGCCGGGCUAUGAUUUCUUGCACAUCUACGAUGGGCCCAACUCACUCAGCCCUUUGAUCGGGAGCUUCUACGACACCCAGUUGCCAGAGAGGAUUGAAAGCAGUGGCAACAAUCUCUUCCUGGCCUUCCGGAGUGAUGCCUCAGUCAGCAACACAGGAUUCGUCAUCCAUUUCACAGAAAACCCCCGAGAAUCCUGCUUUGAUCCCGGCUUGAUUAAGAAUGGCACCCGGGCAGGAAGCGAGCUGAAACUGGGGUCAACGAUCACCUACUACUGUGACAGUGGCUACAUGAUCGAAGGGGUAUCCACCUUGACAUGCAUCAUAGGAGGGGACGGGAAACCCGUGUGGAACAAAUUGCGGCCGACAUGUACAGCGCCCUGCGGUGGUCAGUACACUGGAUCGGAUGGUGUGGUCCUGUCUCCAAACUAUCCCCGGAACUACACCAGCGGACAAGUGUGCCUGUAUUUCAUCGUCGUGCCCAAGGAUUACGUGGUGUUCGGUCAAUUUGCCUUCUUCCAAACGGCUCUCCAUGAUAUCAUUGAAGUGCAUGACGGCCCCAACCAGCACUCCCGCCUCCUCAGUUCUCUGUCUGGGUCUCACACAGGUGAAUCCUUGCCUCUGGCCACCACCAACCAAAUCCUCAUCAAGUUCAGUGCUAAAGGUCAAGCCACUGCUAAAGGCUUCCAUUUUGUCUAUCAAGCGGUUCCACGGACCAGUGCCACACAGUGCAGCUCUGUCCCAGAGCCCCGCUAUGGAAGGAGGAUCGGCAGCGACUUCUCCGUGGGGGCUGUGAUCCGGUUUGAGUGCAGUGCUGGUUACGCCCUACAGGGAUCCCGCAGCAUCGAGUGCCUGACGAUGCCCGGGGCCCUGGCUCAGUGGAACUCCUCUGUGCCAACCUGUGUCGUGCCCUGUGGUGGGAAUUUAACAGAGAGAAAAGGUACCAUCUUGUCCCCUGGAUUCCCUGAGCCUUACCUGAACAGCCUCAACUGUGUGUGGAAAAUAACUGUCCCUGAAGGAGCUGGAAUACAGAUUCAAGUGAUCGGUUUUGUCACAGAACAGAACUGGGAUUCCCUAGAAGUGUUUGACGGUGGGGAUAACACGGCCACUAUGCUGGGCAGCUUCUCAGGAACCACAGUACCUGCACUGCUGAACAGCACCUCCAACCAGCUAUAUUUGCACUUCUACUCUGACAUCAGUGUGUCUGCCGCAGGGUUUCAUUUGGAGUACAAAACCGUUGGCUUAUCCAGCUGCCCUGAGCCCACCGUCCCCAGCAGCGGACUGAAGAUUGGGGAAAGAUACCUGGUGAACGAUGUGGUCUCCUUUCAGUGUGAACCGGGCUAUGCACUCCAGGGGCAUUCUCACAUCUCCUGCAUGCCAGGGACUGUCCGGCGCUGGAAUUAUCCCCCUCCGCUCUGCAUCGCUCAGUGCGGAGGGACCAUGGAAGAGAUGGAAGGGGUAAUCCUGAGCCCGGGUUUCCCAGGAAACUACCCUAGCAACAGUGACUGCACAUGGAGGAUACCCCUUCCCGUGGGAUUUGGUGCGCACAUCCAGUUCCUGAACUUCUCCACGGAACCCAACCACGACUUUGUCGAGAUCCGCAACGGGCCCUACGACACCAGCAACGUCAUCAGCCGCUUCAGCGGGACCGACCUGCCAGGCUCACUCCUGUCCACGUCCCACGAAACCACCAUCUAUUUCCACAGCGACCAUUCUCAGAACAAACCCGGCUUUAAGGUGGAGUACCAAGCCUAUGAGCUCCAGGAGUGCCCCGACCCGGAGCCCUUUGCCAAUGGCAUUGUGAGAGGAGCUGGGUACAGCGUGGGCCAGUCCAUCUCCUUUGAGUGCCUCCCUGGCUAUCAGCUGAUUGGCCACCCGGUAUUGACCUGCCAACAUGGAACCAAUAGGAACUGGGACCACCCACUGCCCAGGUGUGAAGUCCCCUGUGGAGGCAACAUCACGGCACAGAAUGGCACCAUCUACUCCCCUGGCUUCCCCAAUCAGUAUCCUAAUUCCCAGGAGUGCAUAUGGAUGCUCACAGUGUCGCCCGGAUACGGCAUUUACCUCAACUUCACCUUACUGCAGACGGAGCCAUACAAUGAUUUCAUAACUAUCUGGGAUGGGCCUCAGCAGACAGCUCCACAGCUGGGUGUUUUCACUGGAAACUCAGCGAAGAAAGCCACCCAAAGCUCUUCCAACCAAGUUCUCCUGAAGUUCUACAGUGAUGCAGCCAACGGAGGGAUGUUUGCCAUCUAUUUCUAUGCCUAUCAGCUUUCUAGAUGCCAGCCUCCAACUAUGGUCCCGAAUGCUGAAAUCAUCACUGAGAAUGAAGAUUUCAACAUAGGUGACAUCAUUAGGUACCGGUGUCUUCCUGGAUAUACCUUGGUUGGAAAUGAGAUCCUGACCUGUAGGCUUGGCACCCACCUCCAGUUUGAAGGGCCUCCCCCAACCUGUGAAGCCCAAUGCCCUACCAACGAGGUCCUCACAGACUCCACGGGAGUGAUCCUGAGCCCAGCCUUCACAGGCAACUACCGCCACCUGCAGACGUGCUCUUGGGUGAUCAAGGUGGAGCCAGAGUACAACAUCUCCAUCACUGUUGAGUACUUCUUGAGCGAGAAGCAGUACGAUGAAUUUGGGAUCUUUGAUGGUCCUUCAGGCCACAGUCCACUGCUGCUGUCUCUAAGUGGGAAUUACUCUGCCCCGCUAUCUGCAACCAGCACUGGGAACAGAGUCUAUCUCCACUGGUCCUCUGACCAUGCCUAUAGCAGGAAGGGCUUCAGGAUUCGCUAUUCAGCUCCUUAUUGCAGCCUCCCCCCACCUCCUCUCCAUGGCUCCAUCCUCAGCCACGGCGGUCUACAGCCUGGAAGCACCAUCCGGUUUGGUUGUGAUGCUGGCUACCGUCUUGUUGGCCACAGUGUUGGCACAUGUUCGAGACACCCGCAAGGUUACUUCCACUGGAAUGAAGCCAUCCCCCUGUGCCAAGCUCUCUCCUGUGGAGUCCCCAAAGCUCCCAAGUUUGGGGUUGUGUUUGGCAAGGAGUACACAGUGGGCACCAAGGCGGUCUACCAGUGCCACCCAGGCUUCCACCUCCAGGCCCGCGAAGGUUCCACAGUGGAGUGCCUGCCAAAUGGUCAGUGGAGCAAUGGCAACAACCCUCUUCCCUGCGUGGCGGUCGGCUGCCCAGAUAUCAGCAGCAUUGCAGUGGAACACGGCCGGUGGCGGCUGAUCUAUGAGACCCAGUACCAGUACAACGCCCAGCUCAUGUUGAUCUGUGACCCUGGCUACUACUACACGGGGCACCGUGUCAUCCGGUGCCAGGCCAGCGGGAAGUGGAGCAUUGGAGAGCCCAUGCCAACUUGCAGAAUCAUCUCUUGUGGAGACCUGCCCAUACCACCCAAUGGAAACAGGAUCGGGACCUUAACCAUUUACGGCGCUACUGCCAUCUUCUCCUGCAAUACUGGUUACACCUUGGUGGGCUCACGUGUGCGGGAGUGUAUGGCAAACGGACUCUGGAGCGGGCUCGAAGUGAAGUGCCUAGCGGGCCAUUGCGGUGAGCCAAGCCCCAUCGUCAACGGGCAAAUAAAUGGCGAGAACUACAGCUACAGGGGCAGUGUCGUCUACCAGUGCAACCCCGGCUUCCGGCUCAUUGGGAUGUCUGUACGGAUCUGUCAGCAGGACCACCACUGGUCUGGAAAGACUCCUGUCUGUGUGCCCAUUACUUGUGGUCAUCCAGGCAACCCGGUGAACGGCCUGACACAGGGCAACCAGUUCAACUUGAAUGACGUGGCCAAGUUUGUAUGCAGUACUGGGUACCACCUGGAGGGGACGUCCCAAUCCCAGUGCCUGGCCAACGGCCAGUGGAGUAAUGCCUUGCCCACCUGCCGCAUUGUAAACUGUACUGACCCCGGGCACCUGGAAAACAGCGUUCGACAAGUGCAGCUGAACGGGCCUCACAGAUACAGCUUUGGAACGACAGUCUCUUAUCAGUGCAACCACGGAUAUUACUUAUUGGGCACCCAGGUCCUUACCUGUCAGGGGGAUGGCACUUGGGACCGGCCCCUCCCAGUGUGUCAUUUGGUCUCCUGCGGUCACCCCGGGUCACCACCCUAUGCCCAGAUUUCAGGGGACAUCUAUACCGUUGGCUCGGUGGUGCGUUACAGCUGCCUGGAGGGGAGGAGCUUGAUUGGCAACUCUACCCGCAUGUGUCAGCUCGACGGGCGCUGGAGCGGCUCCCUCCCUCACUGCUCAGGAAGCCUCCGAGGACUUUGUGGUGAUCCAGGAAUCCCUUCUCACGGCAUUCGGCAUGGGGGGAAUGAGUUAGGUGUGGAAAGCACGGUCUGGUUCAGCUGUGAGCCAGGCUACACACUCCGGGGGUCGCUGCAGAGAAUGUGUCAAGCCAAUGGAUCCUGGAGUGGGACACAACCAGAAUGUGAAGUUAUAUCUUGUGGAAACCCGGGGACUCCCAGCAAUGCACGGGUGAUAUUUAACGACGGCCUGGUGUUCUCCAGCUCCAUCAUAUACAAGUGCCGGGAAGGAUAUUACUCUACAGGUGUGCUCAGCAGACAUUGCACUGUCAAUGGGACCUGGACGGGGACCACUCCAGAGUGUACAGUGAUAAAUUGUGGGGACCCCGGGGUGCCAGCCAACGGCCUUCGGUUGGGCAGCGACUUUACCUACAACAAGACAGUCGUGUUUCAGUGCAUGCCGGGUUACACAAUGGAGCUGGACAGAGCCUCUUCUUUGACUUGCACUAAGGACCGGACCUGGAAUGGCACAAAGCCCGUCUGCAAAGCUAUUGUCUGCAAAGCUCCUCAAGUCGUCCCCAACGGGAAAGUGGUGGGGUCCGAUUUCAGCUGGGGAUCAAGCGUGAGCUACACCUGCCUGGAAGGCUACCAGCUCUCCCUGCCUGCCGUCCUGACCUGCGAGGGGAACGGAACGUGGAGUGGAGACCUCCCCCAGUGCUUCCCUGUUUUCUGCGGGGAUCCGGGGAUCCCAGCUCAAGGAAGGCGUGAAGACAGAGGGUUCUCCUACCGCUCUUCUGUCUCGUACUCCUGCUCACCCCCCUUGGUGCUGGUAGGGUCGGCUCGGAGGUUCUGCCAAUCUGAUGGAACGUGGAGUGGGACGCAGCCCAGCUGCAUAGACUCCACACUCACCACAUGUGUAGACCCCGGUGUGCCUCUUUUUGGGAUGCAGAACAACUCCCAAGGUUAUCAGGUCGGGAGCAUCGUCUUCUUCAAGUGUUAUGAAGGAUAUCUCUUGCAAGGAUCCACCACAAGGACCUGCCUCUUGAACCUGACGUGGAGCGGAGUCCAGCCAGAUUGCAUCCCGCACAACUGCAAGGAACCAGAGACCCCAUCCCAUGCCAAUGUGGGUGCUCUGGACCUGCCUUCCUUGGGAUACACCUUGAUCUACUCUUGCCAGAAUGGCUUCUACCUCACUGGAGGAUCGGAACACAGGACCUGUAAAGCAGAUGGCAGCUGGACCGGAAAGCCACCCAUUUGCCUUGCGGAUAUCCGACCCAGCGGGAGACCAGUGGGCACUGCCCGAGACCCUCCCCUUCCCAAGGUGUCAGUUCCCAUGGAUGUUUUUGCAAAGAACUCCUUUUGGAAAGGCUCUUAUGAGUACAUGGGCAAGAAGCAGCCAGCUAUGCUCUCUGUCACCAGCUUUGACCCACUUACUAGCAAAGUCAACGCCACCUUGAUAGACCACAGCGGUGUGGAGCUGCAGGUUUCAGGCAUUUACAAAAGAGAAGACGUGCAUCUCCUCCUCCAGUUGUAUCAGAUUGCGGGGCCAGUGGAGAUCAUGAACAAAUUUAAGAAUGAUAAAUGGGCUUUAGAUGGACAUGUCACUCCUGACUCAUCGAGUGGGACGUUUGUCUACCAGGGCUUUGUACAUGGCAAAGACUUUGGACAAUUUGGCCUUCAGAGGCUAGACAGCAUCACUGAACGGGAUCCUGAGUCGAUGGGACAUCCGUUUGCAUCUAACAGCAGUUCAGUGGCAGCUGCUAUCCUCGUGCCUUUCAUCGCCCUGAUUAUUGCAGGGUUUGUGCUCUAUCUUUACAAACACAGAAGGAGACCGAAGGUACCGUUCAAUGGCUACGCUGGCCAUGAAAACACCAACGUCCGAGGAACGUUCGAAAACCCGAUGUAUGAUCGCAACUUGCAGCCAACAGACAUCAUGGGCAAUGAGGCAGAGUUUACAGUCAGCACCGUGUGCACCGCAGUAUAGCAUUUACAAUCCUGUGCACCUUCUCCAGGGAUGGGGUCUUGUCAGUGCCCUGCGUCACUCCUGGUUCACCUUUGCCCAUGAUCACCCCUCGCAGAAAGGCUGGGGCUCCAGAGCUGUGAUACGGUGCCUUGAAGCUGAUACCGAGAGAAAGAGAGACUCUGCCUUGCGGUCCGUCGCCACUCUGCACCUCCAUUGACCAUCUGGCCUGUCCUGCAGCUGAUAAUCAGAUCAACCAAAGCAUCUGCUCCAGCCCUCGUGUUGAGGGUGUGGGGAGUGGAAACCCCCCUCCCCCCGCCACCGCCCGCUCCAGCACUUCCCCACUUCUGAGCUGUUUUUCAGCAGAUCGGCCAGCCUGGUGACUACUGCUCAGAGAUCCGAGGUGGUUCCCCUCUGCUUGUUCGCCUCUUGACAGAGUACGACAUGGCAACAUGGGAAAAGCUGGUGGCAUCCAUUCCCUGGUUGCAGGAGGAAAUGACAGGCAGGCAAGAGGAACGGGCGGAGGAUUCCUUGUGGAUGCAGAGAGCUUGCGAUGAAAAUAACCAUGGCGUUGAGCUCAAACCGCAGGUUUUGCAAAUGGAGGCAUGGUUGCUUCAUAUCUGCUGAUCCUCUCACUCCCACCCCACCCCAAAUCUUAUUUCCUGCCAAUGUCCUGCGGCGAGGGUUUGCGAUUUCUUACAAAACCCGACGCUCCUCUCUCCAACUCAAGAGCCCUCUCCUUUUGCAUUUUCAGGUAGCCUUUGCAUUCAUAAUUUGACGUGCUGCUGCUCUGCCUUGUUUCAGAUCCAGCUGUUGGGGGGGAGGGCCUGUUCAAACCUUGCCUUUUAAACCACGACUGCCGUGGCUGUCUUGACCUUGCUAGCAUUGACUGGGUAUCCAGAAAUUGCUGGCCUUUCUAGUGAUGUUCUUGGAACAAGGAAUGUGUUGACUUUACACAGCUCUUGUGGGGGAUCCAAAUAUCUUUCUCCCAACAAAUGCAUUCUCUGAAGGUCUAUCGCAUUUUGCCAGCCCAUGAACUGCAAUAUUUUGUCUUUGGGGAAAUGUGAUAUUUCCCUACACCUAGCCCACCACUUUCCUUGCUUUUUAGAAUGCCCUGUCAGAUGUGGCAGCGUGAGCGUCAGGAGCAUCUAAUAGCUGUGACAUCACCAGCCCCCAUUGCCACUAAUUUCUCUUUCUUUCUUUCUUUCUUUCUUUCUUUCUUUCUUUCUUUCUUUCUUUCUUUCUUUCUUUCUUUCUUUCUGCUAAGCUCCUUGCUCUGUACCACCAUAGCAGGAUCACUCCCUUUUUCUCGCAUUCUGGGCUGUAUGCUCUCCCACACCAGCUCACAGCUACUUAAUUACAGAAAUACAGUGAAGAGUUCUGACCCUCUCAUCUCCUCCUCUUGCCACAAGGGCAGUAUUUUGCACUAGUAAUCUGGCUCAGUCUAACACUCCUUUAGCAUGAAUGGUAAAAUCCAGGCUUUUCUCAUUAUCUGGAGUAGCCUCUUGACGAUACGAACCAGACUGUUGGUUCAUCUUGCCUAGGACUCUCUGCUCUGACUGGCAGCAACUGUCCAACAUCUCAGACAGAGGUCCUUUCCCCAAACCUGCUUCAUGCGAUCCUUUUAACUGCUGCUGCUGCCACCAACUCCAGGGAUUGAACCUGGGACCUUCUGCAUGCCAAGCAUGUGGCCUGCCACUGAUGCAUCCCCAGUGUGGCACUGUGAGCACAAAGGGAAGCAUCUUCUCAGGACUGAACUGGCCGUUACAAAACACACAGCGGCCAUCACCACUCUGUAAGGCUAUUCACACGACACGAGCUACCUGGGGUAACCCAGGAGGCCCUUGUCGGAACGUGGCAACCCUGGUUUUUUACCCAGGGUUUUACUGAGGUAAAAUGAACCUGUGGUUGGUUUUACCUUGGUGGGUGAUUAGAGUUAGGGUUAGGUUAACCCUAACCCAUGAUAGCCCCUGGGUAAAUAGGUUUCCCCCACAGACUGCUGCCAUUUCUGGCAGCGAGCCGAGGGGAAGGAGCAGCUGUGCCAAGAGCCGUGGUUGCUCUAAUGAGAGUAGCCGCCAUGCACGUGGCAUGAGGCACUCUGGGAUGUGGGGGGAGGAUGUUGUCCUGCUCCCAGCUUUUGCCUUCGCCGUGCCACUGCGUGGCAUGGGGAAGGCAAAGACGACGACACUCAUCUGCCAGAGAAGGCAGACAAGCUUCUGCCUUCCCCACAGACCUCCCCGACGGAAGCGUGAGGUUGUGUGGAUGACCUCUGUAUGCCUUUGCUCUCUGUUCCUCUUGCUGCCCAGGUAAACCCAACACACGGCAUGGCGGCCUUGUGCUGAGCACACAGAAGGGCAGUGCAAAGUGUGCGGGCAGCAGGGGCUGUGUUUACAGAGACCUUUUGAGGAGUAGCAGGUGAGAGACCCAGAGCGAUAGCAGGUCUCUGUCUCUUGUAAUGUUGUUGUCACUCUGAAGAAUCCCCAAUAGCCUCCUGACUUGCAUGCAUGGCACAACCCACCUUUGUUGGGGGGUUGGAGAGGAGCCGCCCAACCAAACGUGUUUGCACCGGGCCGUUUCAAACCUCAGUGCUGCAGAUCCAACUAAGCAACUUAUGGUGUAAAUCCCUUCACUUCUGUACCAUUCCUUUGGGACUCAGUGAACUUAACUCCACCUGUUCUUCCCCCUUCAGCAUUCAGAGUAGCAGAGCUACUCUCCUUAUUAGGGUUGCUUGUUCAUCUCGGGAAACUGUAACUCUUUCUCUGCUGAAUUUGCACUGGGAAAGCCAAUGUGUCUGCUGAAAAUCUGCAUAUUCCCCUUUAUACAGCCCUUCAAUGGAAGGCAAGUGGUGGUAUAUAUUUUAGGUGCUCUCUUGAAACCUGAGAAUGUGGAACAUGCCAGGUGCAGGGAGCCCCCGCCCCACCCAACCUUGGUUUAUGUUCCAAGCGCUCUUCGAGAAGUCAGAUAUUCAUAACUCGGAGCGCAUGGAGUUCCCAAGAGGAACAACUUGUCUGCCUGUGCAGGGUGGCGUUUGGAAAUUGGGGACUUGGUUAAUGUAAUGUGUUGUGGAGCUUUGUUUGCAACUCUUUGUAGGUUGAGGAGUGCCCAUCUAGUCCCCCCAUCUGUGGGGUUUUUUUGGCAACUUUGAACUUGCAGUAAAGCCUUGCAGAAAACCUGCGCUAAAGCAUGCUGUUUGGGAAAGCUCCUGUUCUUUAGUUUAAACUUUACACUUUAAAGAAUGAGGCCCUCCAGGAGAAGCUUUAAAAAAAAGCAACCCUGAGAACGUAACAAUAACCCCACAGCAAGAACUCUUUGCCCUUUCUCCAAAUAACUACUGUGUAAUUUCCACAGAAAGCCGCCUUGGAAUCCCAGAGGAAAUUCAAAGCCCAGCUUCACUUUACUGUGUGCAAACACAAUGACAUUUUUUAUGUCCAUAGAGGCUGUUUGCCUUCUUUCCAGUUUGCACCAAUAAAAGGAGAAACCAACCAUGUUGGCUUUCAAGAUUCCACAUUGUUUUGUUUGGUCCACUCUUACAGCUUGGAGAUUUGGCUCAGAACAAGCAAAAAUGUCGCAGGAGGCAGGGAGGUGAUCCAUGGUUUGGAGCCCUAAUGCACAAUUGGCUGAUGGGCAACUAGAGGUAAAGUGUGCCGUUGAGUCGGUAUCGACUCGUGGCGACCACAGAGCCCUGUGGUUUUUCUUUGGUAGAAUACAGGAGGGCUUUACCAUUGCCAUCUCCUGCGCAAUAUGAGAUGAGGCCUUUCAGCAUCUUCCUAUAUCACUGCUGCCCGUAUAGGCAUUUCCCAUAGUCUGGGAAACAUACCAGUGGAGAUUCGAGCCGGCAACCUCUGGUUUGCUAAGUCAAGUCAUUUCCAUGCUGCUCCAUUAGGUGGGGCCAGAAAAAUAAUCAUCCUGCCUUAUUUUUUUGCCCAUUAAAUCUUUGCAAGAAAUGAAUAAAUCUGGAGUAAGUCUCCAAGCUCAUUGCUUUGGCAGGUUUAUUAUUUUCUUCUUCCCAUGUCAGUAGGAAAGAUGCAAGUGUUUUAUAUGGGCAGAGCAGCAAAAUAACUUAAUGAGGGGUAUUUUUACACCUUGCCUCAAUUUACUUUGGGUACUCCCGCCAAUGUGCAAACUAGUGUAUGAUUGGCCAAGUAUGAGUUCAAGGUUAAAUGGAGGGCCUCAAGGCAACAAGCCAGAAACUUACUCCGCCUCUCCUUUUUCCUUGCAAAAUAUUACUCCUGGAAUGUAACUUUGAUCAUUCUGGGUAAUUACUUAAGAUAUCCUGUGCAGAAAUAGUUGGGUAGAAUGACCGGGGUGAAAGUAGCAUGAGGAGAUGGAGUAGCCAUCACUUUGCUUCUCAGUCUGGGCAUUCUUCACACUGGGCUUUUAGCUCACAUCUCCUGUUCACAUAUCAGCCAGAUUUACCCUGAAGUCCCUGCAAGCAAUCGAGGAGCUCUUCGCACAUGAUUUGGGAUUUCCAUUGUGCAUUAGAGAGUAGCCCAAUUUAUGGGUAAAGUGGGUGAAAAAGAUCUACUUUUUGCAUCGGUUUGGGGAGGGGGGGGCAACUUCAAACUCACAGUAAAUCCUGCUGAGUGAAAAACGCCAUGGGAGCAGAGUAGAAAGCAGCAGUAGGCACACACACACAAACACACCCCAUCUCAGGGAGACAAGGCAGAAAAUCUUCACCCCAGUUUUCACCCAUAUGUAAAGUGUGUUUGUGUUAAAUACAAAAUAAUAUUUUCACCUGAAAUGGCUGAGUGAACAGUAGGGGUGUGCAUUUUGGAAUUUUCUUGUUUUGAUUUGUAUCCGAAUCGAAACACCCCCGUUUUGUUUUGUACCCAAAUUUUCUGAAUCUGAAUCAGCCCUGUUUUGUUUUGUAGCCGAAUUUUCCGAAUCUGAAUCCAAAUUGAUUUGGAUUUUUAAAAAGGGUCCCAGGGCAAAAAGAGUGGGUGGUGCUCGUAGUGUCCAAUGGGUGGAAGCUACCACCCAAAUUUCAAAGGAAUUAGGCAAAGGGCUGAUUUUUUGUGAAUUUUUUAAGUUUACACAUCUUUAAGUAUUUCCCCACAGGAAAUAAUGGAUAUUCCAGCAAAUGUAUCGCUUCAAAUCAAGUGGAAAGGGAUGAACCAGAGUGGAGUGUGGUGGGUGGUAGUGCCCAAAGGGGGCAAGGAAACUUCCAGAAUUAUCUCAAAAGAAUUAGGAACAUAGGAAACUGCCAUAUACUGAGUCAGACCAUUGGUCUAUCUAGCUCAGUAUUGUCUUUACAGACUGGCAGCAGCUUCUCCAAGGUUGCAGGCAGGAAUCUCUCUCAGCCCUAUCUUGGAGAAGCCAGGGAGGGAACUUGAAACCUUCUGCUCUUCCCAGAGCGGCGUCAUCCCCUGAGGGGAAUAUCUUGCAGUGCUCACACAUCAAGUCUCCCAUUCAUAUUGAGCCCCUGGUGGUGCAGUGGUAUUGAGCCCCUGGUGGCGCAGUGGUAAAACUGCUGCCCUGUAACCAGAAGGUUACAAGUUCGAUCCUGACCAGGGGCUCAAGGUUGACUCAGCCUUCCAUCCUUUCGAGGUUGGUAAAAUGAGUACCCAGAAUGUUGGGGGCAAUAUGCUAAAAAUCAUUGUAAAACCACUUAGAGAGCUCCGGCUAUAGAGCGGUAUAUAAAUGUAAGUGCUAUUGCUAUAUGCAAUCAGGGCAGAUCUGCUUAGCUAUGGAGACAAGUCAUGCUCAACCACAAGACCAGUUCUCCUCUCCAUUGGGCAAAGGGCUGAUCUUUUGUGAAUUGUUGAAGUUUACGUGUCUUUAAAGAUUUCUCCCAUAGGGAAUAAUGGAGGUUUCAGCAGCCCCAUAAUUCCACUUGGGGGGCACUGGGGUUUUCCAGAGCGAGGGGUUGUGUAGUCCACAUAGGGUGGCAACCACCUCCAUAUCCACAAGCCCUUGUGAUACUGGGUUUUGUGUUUCUGAGGUGUUCAUUGUAGAUUCUCUGGUAGCAUAUGAGAUUUUCAGUGAAAAACAAGAAUCCACUCUCAUAUGCUACCAGAGAAUCUACACUCAGAACACCACAGAAACAACAGAACCCAGCACCCCAUGGGUUAGCAAUCCUUCCCCUGGCCAAUGUGGGGUCAGUAAAGAGUGGGAAGAAGCAAAAGAGCCAAUGCGGAACAAGGAGGGAAUUGUCAGCAGGUCAGCCCAUGAUUUAGGUCACCGAUCAGAAGGCUGGAAGGGUGGGGAAUUCAAAGAGAUGUCAAACACAAAAUGGAGACUGACUCAGAGAUCACCACAAAAUGGAGGUCCGAAACAACAAAACGUUUUGUAGCCGAAACGGACGUUUUGUUUUGUAUUCAAAACUUUUGGAUCUGGAAAAUGGGUGUUUUGUUUUGUCUACAAAACACCCGAAACAGACUGUUUUGGGUACAAAACGUUUUGUAUCCGAAACGUUUCGCACAUCCCUAGUGAACAGUACAGAUGCAAAGUCCUGUACCCUGGAGCUUUUCCAAACAGCGAUUUAAUGCAGCUUCGCUACACUUAGGCGGGGGUGUGGGGGGGGAUUUAUAUGUGGGAAGCAUUUACAGUGAUGCCAGGACAGUGGCAGAAGGUGCCGUCCAUACAGCCAAUGGCAUUAUUCAGCUUUGCUCCCAACAAUUCGCAGUUGCAGCACAUUAUAUGAGUCCUAAAACUUUGGUACAGUGCUCAAAAUGGCUUAACUUUAGGCACUUCCUGGAAGCUUUUCACAUGGGGCUUUUGAAGCCCUUUUGCUCGCAUCUCCUCCUCCGGAAUGGAGGGGGUGCAUUCGCAUAUCGGCUAGAUUUACCUCAAAGUUCCGGCAAGUUAUCGGGGAGCGGUUCACACAAAAUUUGGGUUUUUCACUGUGCAUUAGAGUGUAACCUGAUUUAUAUCCAGGGGUAAAAAAACAACACUAUUUGUGUUGGUUUUUUGGGACAACUUCAAGUUAUUAUUGUUAAAUUUAUACCCCGCCUUUCAUUAAGAAAAUCCCAAGGCAGCUUUUAACAGUAAAGCCUCCCCGUAAACUCGCGGUCAAACCUGCUAUGCGUAAAAGCCCUGCUGCAGCAAAAUCACCAGUGUGGGAAAGCUCCUGAAGUGAAGUUAAAAUGUGAGGCAAACUACUUCUUGUUUGAAAAUGCAGGUGCAAACACUCACUCUGAGCUCCAAACAUCUAAAAUUAGAACCUUCAACUUUCAUGAAAACAGGACUCUCAAACGCAAGGUCUUCCCUGUUUCCAGAGCUGAAGCCCCUGGUUAUAGAGGAUGGGAAACCACAUGGCCCAUUCAGCAGGGUGCAGCAACAUCCCAGAAUUAGCAUGUUGAAUGAUGGUCUUAAAGGAACCUACUUGCCAUGGCGGGCAUGCCUCAGUCCUGCCUGUUCAGCUUUUUGGGCCAGUGUAGAAUCUGGUUGGUCAAAAGCCGUGUUGCUCUCCCUCAUGAACUCACCUACUCUGUAUGAGUGAGCCUCUAGAAUCGUGAGCGUUCUUCUCAGAUGAUUAGGGGUGUGGGAGCUUUCUACCCUGUUCCUAGAGCAUUCCGCACUUAGCCUUGCUUAGAUAAUGCAGUAGAACAAUGGCUUUCAAAAUGUGUCCCAGGGAACCCUGGAGUUCCCCAUGACCUCUCCAAGGGUCCUCCAUUAGAAGAAGUUCAGUAAUGUUGGACAAGCUUCCCUGAAAGGCAGCCUGGCCACCCCGCCUGGUUUUCUCCCUGAAGAUGCAAAGUGUGAGCCUCACCACAGUGGUCACAUUCAAGGUGUGGUGCCUACACUGCUGCUCUGUCAAGGGGGAGAGAGGGGCUCUGCCACUCUUUAAUGGAAGUUUGAUUCUUUUUUAAAAAACAAACAAACCCUUUUCCCUAGUUAAAUGGGGGGGGAUGGGGAAAGGACACCUCUUUGAUGUCCCUGUUGCUUUUUGAAAGCUGGACAAGACAUCUCAUUUUCAGUGCCCACUGGACUUAUGUUACAGUUUAACAGGGGAAAAAAAUGAAGAAAAUCUUAAAAAAAAAGAAAAGAAAAAGAAAAAAACCCUUCUUUUGUACAGAGAUAUAUUUUUAUGAAAUGAAGGUUUGUACAGCAGGGGUGGGGGGUGGGGGAGCCAAAAUGUAAAUUUUCUUUUUUCAUUAUUGUAGUAAAUGGUAGUGGAAGAAUCAGCCUUUUUUGUAAAUGUAAUAAAAUGUAUAAAUAUGGUUUCCAUUUUAAAAAAACGAAAAAGCAAAAAAAAAAAAAGAGUAAAACCAAUUGUAAAUAUGUAUUCUACACAUAAAGCUGGCUUGUCUGCAAUAUAUAAAAUUUUAAGUUAUCCUGUCUCUGUAUAUGAGGCUUAUCCUUUGUGUCUCAGCAUACUUUAUUGAAUUUGAGAGCUAUUUUAAAUUUUUGAAUUGAAAUAAAAUAUAAAUUUUUGCAUUG